AUUGUUUAAUCCCUGCUAUGCCCACCAAUGUAUAAAACGGCAGCCCGACUUGGCGCGUUUCCUCACACCAUUUCCCAUCUCCACGCAACCCUCCAAGAACAACAACGGAGAAGUUUUUGGUUUCUUCUUUUCUCAGUUGAAACCGCCGACAGAAACCGGCUAGGGAAGGAAACUAGAUUUUCUCCUUUCAAAAUCCACCUGUCCGCCUCCCUCACACCCUACUCUGUACAAAGGCCGAAUCUUUUUCACCGGGGAUGCGGGCGGUUGUGAUACUUUAGGAUUGUUGUUGGAGUAUUUAUAAAAAGUUUUCAUCUUUUGAUUUCUUCUUGUUGUUGUUGAGGGUGAGGUUAUUUUCUUUGUUGCCUCUGCUAUGGGUAUUCUUGGUGAUUCUCAGGUAGAUGGUGGUGGAGGUGGGUAUGGUUUGUGGGCUGGUUGUGUUAAGGGUUUGGUGAGGAGAAAACAGGUGGAUUCUAUGCUUACUAAGGCUGGAGGAUACCAUCAGUUGGCUAAGAAUUUGUCUGUUCUUCACCUUAUUGCUAUUGGUGUUGGCUCAACAAUUGGAGCUGGAGUAUAUAUUUUAGUUGGAACGGUGGCUAGAGAGCAUUCAGGACCAGCUCUCACCCUUUCAUUUCUAAUAGCUGGAAUAGCUGCAGCCUUUUCAGCCUUUUGCUAUGCAGAACUUGCAAGUCGUUGCCCGUCUGCUGGGAGUGCCUAUCACUAUUCAUAUAUAUGUGUUGGGGAGGGUAUCGCAUGGUUGAUUGGUUGGGCUCUAAUUCUUGAGUAUACAAUUGGUGGUGCUGCUGUUGCUCGUGGCAUAUCUCCUAAUCUGGCACUGCUUUUUGGAGGUGGAGAUGGUCUACCCAUUUUUCUGUCUCGCCAUUAUAUUCCUGGGCUUGAUAUCGUUGUUGACCCUUGUGCUGCAAUUCUAGUAUUUAUUGUCACUGGCCUCUUGUGCCUGGGAAUCAAGGAGAGCACAGUUGCUCAAGGAAUUGCUACAAUUGCCAAUGUAUGUGCCAUGCUCUUUGUCAUAAUAGCCGGUGGUUAUCUGGGAUUCAAGACUGGAUGGGCUGGAUAUAAACUUCCCACUGGAUAUUUUCCCUUUGGAGUUAAUGGGAUGCUUGCUGGGUCUGCAACUGUCUUCUUUGCAUAUAUUGGUUUUGAUUCAGUUGCCAGUACUGCUGAGGAGGUAAGGAAUCCUCAACGAGAUUUGCCAUUGGGCAUUGGAUCUGCAUUGUCUAUUUGUUGUGCAUUGUAUAUGCUGGUCUCCUCUGUCAUUGUUGGUCUGGUGCCUUAUUAUGCAAUGGAUCCUGAUACUCCCAUCUCCUCUGCAUUUGCAAAUCAUGGGAUGCAAUGGGCAGCGUACAUAAUAACAGUUGGAGCUAUUACUGCACUCUGCUCAACAUUAAUGGGUUCGAUUCUUCCGCAGCCUCGAAUUCUGAUGGCAAUGGCAAGAGAUGGUUUGCUGCCGUCAUUCUUUUCAGAUGUCAGCACACACACUCAAGUUCCAGUUAAGAGUACUAUUGUGACUGGUAUUGUUGCUUCAACUUUGGCAUUCUGUAUGGAGGUUUCUCAGUUGGCAGGAAUGGUUAGUGUGGGUACACUUCUUGCCUUUACUAUGGUAGCAAUUUCUGUAUUGAUUCUGAGAUAUGUCACACCAGAUGAGGUGCCUCUUCCAUCAUCACUCCAGGAAUCAAUCGAUUCUGUCUCAUUGCUAUAUGGUCAGAGUUCUGUAUCUGUUAAUGGGAAAAAGCUUGGCACUUCCAGCAAUAUUCAACCUUUACUCAGUAAAAAGGUUGCACCAGUUGCUGAUCCUAUUAUUAAGCAAUUUCAAGAUAUUUUCAGUGAAAAGAACAGGAGAAGAGUUGCUGGGUGGACUAUAAUGUUCACCUGUGUAGGGGUUUUUCUUCUUACCUACUCAGCUUCAGAUUUGAGCCUUCCUAGGUUCCUUCGGUUUUCAUUGUGUGGAGUUGGUGGUGUUCUUCUUCUGUGUGGUCUGGUUGUGCUAACCUGUAUAGAUCAAGAUGAGCAAAGGCAUAGCUUUGGGCACACUGGAGGUUUCUUAUGCCCAUUUGUUCCACUCCUACCCAUUGCCUGCAUUCUUAUCAAUGUCUACUUACUGAUUAAUCUUGGUGCUGCAACCUGGGCACGUGUUUCAGUGUGGCUUAUCAUUGGCGUAUUGGUUUAUGCAUUCUAUGGCCGCACUCACAGCUCACUGCUAGAUGCAGUCUACGUUCCUGCUGCACAUGUUGAUGAAAUUUAUCGCACUUCUGGUUCUGGAAAUACCUUGGCUUAGUUAGUUGUGUUGAAUUUGCUAUCAUCCCCACAAGCUGGGACACUAGGUUAGUUAUACAGAAUAUUGUGGUUGUUGUAAGCUUAAAAUAUGGAAUACAUAAUAGUUGUAAUAUUAUGGCGGCUGGGCUAAUGACUUGAAAUCGGUCUCAAGUUUGUACAGAAGCUAUUACUGUGGAUGUUUGGUCGGGACCUGCAGAAUUAGUGUAAAUAAUUUUCAAAUUCAACAUGUAUGAUUAGAUUGAUUUUCUUUA